AUGAAGUUACUCAUCGUCGUGCUCUUUGUCUUCAGUGCUCUCCAAUUAAUCUCUGCUGUCAUUUACUGUGAUGAUCGUGGAAUCUGUGCAGGAAGUCUGAAAGCAGACGAGGAUACUCAUCCAAGUGUUAUAAAUGUUGGUCAUUCAACGUUUCGUGAUCGUGCAGAAGCAGAAAGUCAUCUUGCCUCUCGGUCAAAACGUUCAAAUGAGAGUAAAACAAAACCCGGCGGAAUUCGUUUGAAGGAAGGAGACGUUCACCCACAGUCUGGUAUCCUUCCCGACGAUCCGGUUGGUAUGAAAUGGGGCCCGAUUCCGGCGGUAUGGAGCGGGGUUUCUGCCGGUUUAUACUCCUCAAAUCCCCCUCUCGACAAAGCUAAACUGGCUGCCGAAACUAUUAUAAAAAUAAUAACGAGAAAAUUGAGAGAUUGUGAAGAUAUUUCCUAUCAAGAAAGAGCUCUUGAACGGAUUUCGGUUGAAUUAUCAACAAUACGAGAAGCGGUAAACAGUAUAUGCGACAACAACAUCGUUGAUCAAGACUACCAUGAAAGAUAUAAUGAAGUGAUAGAGCAAGUCAAAAAGACCAAGAAAUAUAUUGAGAAAUUGGAAGAACUUCAACUCUCUGACUCUAGUCGAGACUAUGAAGAUUUUGAUCGUCAAUAUCAGGAUGAUGCAUACAACCUCAAGGAACAGUUGAACGAUUUGUCAAUGGAAUGUAAAAGAGCUUUAGAAAGCAACGAAGAUUUCGAAAUGUUAAUGAAGCCUAUGAAAACUUCUACUCCAGUCAUGCAUAGCUCUCCAUCCUCACCUCUCCAAAAUCUCUCCCACCUUCAAGAAGUUCUCGGAAAGUCAAUUGCGCCUACCACAACUUCUACCCCAGCCGUAUAUACUUCAUUUAUUUCCCAAAAUCCAUCUCAACUUCAAGAAGUCCUCGAAGAAUUUUGCAAAGACGUCAUUCAGUUUAGCAAGCAACAGUUCAAAACUCUAAAACUUUCAAAUACUGAUGGAUCGAAAGCCUACGCUCUCAGUCGUUUUCUGAAAAUUGAAUCAGAUAUUCUCAAUUUUCAAAUGAAACUAGCUCUGGAGAGCUUGAAAAGUCCUGAUAGUGAGCUGGAGAAACCCAUUUUUGGUCAAAUUAUUUCAGAAGUAUCCCAUAGCAAUCAGAAGAUAAUUGAGGCUCACUUAGACAGCAUGAAACGAGGAAUUGAAAAAAUGACUUUAUUGAAGUCAAUUGGCACUUCGACCGCGUCGAAUUUUAUCCCUGAAUUGGCAUUUUGGGUGUUGUCAUUUCAAAAUAUUAAUGAGAAGCUGUUGUCGAUGGGGAUCGAACCAAUUGUUGGAGAAGAUGACAACUCAUUCGAUCACCAGAAAGCUGAUGAGAUUUUACGUCUUCUGUUUGGAAUUCGGAUGUACCAGUCAAAAAAUGAAACUAUACCGAGUUGCCCUUACGAAAUUUCAAGGCUAUUGAAAAACAUCGACCAGUUGAGAGUUAUCGAUUACAAUGAAUGUAUUGAGAAGAAAGAGGCGAGGAAGCAAUUGCAUGAACUUUUCAAACUUUAA